GUCAAUUUGAAUUCUGCAAGUCUCGGCCACUCGCAGGACUCGUGCGUCCGGCGCUUGGCGCCAUUGGUUAGGUAGAUUAGAUUCCCUGUGAAGCGGGUGGGCGGGCAGGAUUCAAGACCUGAGAGUCCGGUAAAGCAUCCACUUUCAAGCCACAUUUUCAUGUGCGUUUCCUAAAGUAAGGGCAAUUUAUUUGACGUGACGUCUCCUUUUCGGUGAUACCCAAUGUGUUAUUAUUGCAUUACGAUAUUAGAUUUAUAUUCAAGCUGGAUACUUCAGUGUUGGUUAGUUUAUUUAUUUGUUCGUUGGGUGCAUUGGUAAUAGAGAGAAAAUAGUUGGAAAGUUCCUAUUUACAUUAUCAUUUGCUGUACUGCUGAAAAUGGCCGGUCGUCAUCCGCUUCAGAGGCUCGCAUCCCCGUCGAGACAGCUUUCCUUUUUGCUUCACCUAGCGGGAAUACUAUCUUUUACGAGCUCGUUCAAGUUUCUAAGUACAUGGGAAACGCCAAUGUCAGCCGCCUUUGGCGGGCACUUCCAGUUUCUCACGAUUAUUGGACUAUCCCUUGCGCUAUGCACCUUCGGCAUCGGAUUCCUAGCCGACGUUACGCUGUCGUCCCGGCUAUUUGCGCUGAAGAAUGUCCUCUCCGUGUGCUCGGCACCGCUAGAGAUAUUGAUCAGCAUCCUAUAUUGGGGUCUUUGCGCCAUCGACAAAAACUUGGUCUUCCCGCCCGACUUGCAGUUAGACCUGCUCCCAGACCUGGGAUUCCAUGCCGCGCCGGCAGUUUUCCUAGCGCUGGACCUGCUGCUCCUCAGUCCGCCGUGGACGAUUCAUGGCUUCUCAGCAUUGGCCCUGAGCGAAGCCUUGGCACUGCUGUACUGGUUCUGGGUAGAGUACUGCUUCUCCCACAACGGCUGGUACCCCUAUCCCAUCUUCGAUAAGCUUAGCACGUGGCAGCGGAUGCUACUGUUUACGUUUUCUGCCCUGUUGAUGACCGGGAGUACUAUGAUAUUAAAAUGGACGUAUGGAAAAAUCAAUGGUAUCGAGGAAUUCAAAAGGGAUGCUGUAUCGGACCCUGUAGGCAUCCGGAAGAGGAAAUGAGUAAGAUUCCUGGGUAUUGGACAUAUCAAAGCUUUUAUUAUGUAUUUGCUUCCCUGCCUAGGUGGGUAGGUAUGCAGAAGUCUCAACUUAUACAAACAGCAUUAGAUAACCACAUCGGACAAACCGAGUUUUCAAAGGGAUGCGAGAUAAUGGUUGAGAUAAUGGACAUGGGAUACUAGAGUACUUGGGUUUGAUAGAGGUUCUUUGAUUGUAGAUAGUAUAAAUGUAGUCGAGAAAGGGACCACUUAGACACAUCUUCCGAUUUGAACUUGAUACUUUUUACCUACAAGUUUCUCUGUAGUGUAAA